UGUGCGUGUUACUCUCGCCGCAAAUGCUCAUAAAGACUUCGGUAUGGAAGGCAACAAUGGUUGCAAUGAUGCACCUAAGGGGAGUGCUCUCUCGAAAUUUUGGAGUUAUCCUCGCGCAUACCAGCAUCAUCCUCCCCAGUGGCGCAAUGCUGGUCAGGGAGGUUAGGGCUUGCGUUUCCGUAACACCCACCAUCGAGCUCCAAGCAGGUGAAAUAGAGUUUGUUAAUUUUGAUACGUCGUCAGAUGUUCCGUCUUGUCCUUGUCUAUGAAAGGCUGUUCAUGAAGAGUUCGAGUUGUCGGCGCAUGACCAAGCUGACGAUCCACCGGACUCCUUGUUAAUCUGGAUAAUACCCGCGAUAGACCUAUAUGUACCCGCGAUCAUCAGAAAUAUUCCUGAUAUAAUAACAAAGAUACUCCAACAAACCAUCAAGCACCACUUAAGGGUUGGUGCGUGUCGACCAGCAGACCAGUUAUCAUAUAGCCACAUGCAGC